AUCAAAUGCUCGAUACCUUAACCAGUAAAGUCAGUCUUGCUAACGACUUGACUUGGAAAUUUCAACAGUGUAAGUACUUCUGUAUAUUACUACAACUCUUUUAAGGUGAUUUUCAGUUUGGCACACUAUUUCAACUAUCAAUAAAGAUGACGGUUGCUCUGUAUCAUCAAUGGAGGGUCAUUCCGUACAUGUAUUCUUGCUUGUUUCUUUUAUCUAUUCUGUUACCAGACUGUGCUGCACUAGAUACAGUCUAUGCAAAUCAACCAAUUAAUGAUGGUGAAACCAUUGUUUCUAACGGGAAGAUGUUUGAAAUGGGAUUUUUUAGUCCCGGAAAGUCCAAGAACCGUUACUUGGGGAUAUGGUACAAGAAGAUAUCAGUCUGUACUGUCGUAUGGGUUGCUAACAGGGAAACACCGAUUACUGAUAAAUCGGGUAUGUUCAAAGUCAGUAGCCAUGGAAAUCUGGAGAUUCUCAAUGGUAGCAACACCUCAGUCUGGUCAUCCGGGUCAACGGUAUCUGAGCGGAGUAAUAAUCCGGUGGUGCAGCUUUUGGAUUCUGGAAAUCUUGUUGUGUGGGAAAGGGAUAAAAAUAGCACCAACAAUAAUAUGAUAUGGGAAAGCUUUGAUUAUCUUGGUGACACACUGCUGCCCGGAAUGAAACUCAGGAAGGACUUGGUAACAGGGUUGCAGAGGUAUCUGAAUUCUUGGAAAAGUCCUGAUGAUCCUUCUAUAGGUGUGUAUAGUAAUAUAUUAGACUCAAAUGGAUAUCCACAAUUAUUCGGGUGGCAAGAUCAUGUUUUAGUAUCAAGACUCGGACCGUGGAAUGGUCUGGGCUUCAGCGGCUUUCCCAUUGAUGAAGCAAACCCACUUAUUGCAUCCUAUUUUGUUAUUAAUGAGAAAGAAAUAUAUAUUAAGUAUGAACUUACAAGUUCUGUUGUUCAAAGGAUAGUUUUGACUUGGGAUGGCAGGACACAGAUUCUCCAUUGGAUCGAGCGAAUCCAAGAUUGGAUUGUGUAUGGAGAUUAUAAAGUAGAUAUUUGUGAUAAUUUUGCGGUCUGUGGUCCUUAUGGAAGCUGUAGCAUUGACAAGCAUCCACCUUGUACUUGUAUGCCGGGUUUUAAACCAAGAAGUCCAAAAGAAUGGGACGCGUCUGAUUGGUCAAGUGGAUGUAAACGCAAAACGCCUUUGAAUUGUAGGGAUGUGAAUGCGGAUGGGUUUCAAAAAACUACAGGAGUAAAACUACCAGACACACGAAGGGCAUGGUAUAAUGUGAGUAUGACCCUUGGAGAGUGUGAAAUGGCUUGCAGAAUGAAAUGUAAUUGUACAGCUUAUGCAAAUAUAGAUAUCAGUAACGGGGGAACUGGAUGUUUACUGUGGUUUGAUGAGCUAUUGGAUACCCGAGACUAUGAUGAAGAUCAUAAUAUAUACAUAAGAAUGGCCGCCUCUGAGUUAGCAGGUCACCAGUCCGAAUCCAACAAAAGCAAAAGUGUUGUCACCUGGGUCUUAUCAUUUUCAUUAGUUACAUUGGUUCUCUGUGUGGUAGCUUAUGCCUAUAAAAGGAGAAAGAAUACGCUUCUGAUGAAAGACCAAGGGGACAUGGAGUAUGCCCUUGAUAAAAAGAAUGCAGAUGUCCAGACACAAGUUCUUGGCGAUAUACCAUUCAUUAGCCUAUAUAAAGUAGCAAAGGCCACAAAUAACUUCAGUGUCUCCAAUAAGAUUGGAGAAGGUGGCUUUGGUCCUGUUUAUAAGGGUGUGUUAGAAGACGGACGCGAAGUGGCUGUGAAGCGACUCUCAGACACAUCUCAACAAGGGAUUGAAGAAUUCAAGAAUGAACUCAUUUCUAUAUCUAAGCUUCAGCAUCGGAACCUUGUGAAGCUACUUGGAUACUGCAUCCAUGGAAAUGAAAUGAUUUUGAUUUACGAGUACAUGGCUAACAAAAGCUUGGACUCAUUUAUAUUUGAUGAAGCAAGAAGUACAAUGCUUGAUUGGCCUCAACGUUUAGGUAUCGUUCACGGAGUGGCUCGUGGUAUUCUAUAUCUACAUCAAGAUUCCCGCCUCCAAAUAAUCCACAGAGAUCUCAAGGCAGGUAAUAUAUUGCUGGAUGGUGACAUGAAUCCAAAGAUAUCUGAUUUCGGCCUUGCUAGAAAGUUUGUAGGACAUGAUACCACUGCCAAGACAAAGAAAGUGGUCGGGACAUAUGGUUACAUUUCUCCUGAGUACGCUGUACAUGGGCGUUUCUCUACAAAGUCGGAUGUAUAUAGUUUUGGUGUUUUGGUGUUGGAGAUUGUGAGUGGUAAGAAGAACAGAGAAUUCUCUCAUGAAGAUCACAGUGACAACCUUCUUGGACAUGCAUGGAGACUUUAUAAACAAGGCAGGUCUAUAGAACUUAUGAGUGCAUCUUUACAUGCCUCGUGUGUGGUCCCUGAAGUAAUACGAUCAAUACACGUGGCACUAUUGUGUGUGCAACAUCAUGCAAAAGACAGGCCAACUAUGUUAUCAGUGCUUCUAAUGCUUGUUAGUGACAGUGCUUUGCCUACACCAAAACAACCUGCUUUUUUCACAGGAGAGGAGAAUACCUGUAAACUUGACUCUGUUUCCUCCUUAGAUGAAUACAUGAUAACCCUAUUGUAUCCUCGGUAGCUGUUAAGUGUACAUGGGUUGUAGUUUGUCCCAUCAUCUUGUUCCUUAAAUUGCUUCAGUUGUGUCAAACAUUAGAAAUCCUUGUCAUCAAACAGGGGACAACAAAAAUUGAGAGGCAGCAGCCUCUUGGUUGCGUUUGGCAGUAAACAAGAGGAGAUGAGGAACAACAUAUGAAAGUUUUAGUUAACUGUUUCUUUAAGAAGAAUUUGAUCUAAUUUCUUUGUAAUUAUGAUUGGCUAAUUAUUUUUGUGAUCAAAACCAAAGUGUUAGAUUUGAUUAUACAAAUUAAAUGUAUUCAGUUUUAUUUA